GUGAUCUCAACGACUUGUACGCUACCUGCUCUACUACACUCACGCUCUCCACGACAUCAUGCACACCGCCGCACACGACAAUCUUGUUCUUGCUGCCCCGCGCCCAGUGCGCAUCGCCACGUUCUCUCACAUGCACACCAGUCCCAUCCGUCAGCACAUCCGUCUCGCCUCUGUCCCCGUCCCAGACAACAACAGCUCUGAGGAGCAAGGCCGCAUCUCCGCAUCUCCUCGCGCUGUAUCUCCACGGCCCAGUCUCUCGUCAGAAGCUCUCGAGGAAUUUCUGUCUAUCCUCCGCUUCCCUCCCCAGUCCCCUACCCUCCGUGCCCGCCGUCACCCUAGCCACAACCUGGCCUUUGCUCACGACCGCUCUCAUUCUCUCUCUGCGAAGCCUCUUGAACGCCUCGAAAAUAUCCCCAUACUAUCUCCCGCCUUCGGUGAGGAUGCCCGUUCUCCUGGUAAACAGAUCGGGGCGCGCAUCACUAGCCCCUCCCUCCGCCCUCCUCGUGAAGAGGAUGAGGAGAACCGGGUGACACCUCCCCCUUCAUUCCGCGUAUGGGCGAACGGCCCACUUGCAUCACCUGUCUCCCGCCUUCAAACUCGCAACCCCUUCCAGCGCGACCCAUCCUUCGAGAACAAAGGCCCCGGUCUUCUCCUUUUCCCUACCUUGCCGUCUACCUCGCCUGCGCCGCCUGUGUUCCAGUCGGUCAAUAUCUCUCCGUCUCUAGUCCCUCUUCCGUCUCCGACUCCAAGCGAGUUUGACGUCGACUCACCUUUCUGAGUCCAUCACUCCUGUGAUACCCAUGCCAACUAGCCAUGUCCCCAUCAUUCUCGAAUCAGAUAUUUAUCAUUAGCUAUACCCCGUCAUUGCCAGCGAGCUGACGGCCACUGUACGCUUCCGCGUCUUGUACAUAUCACUACCAUUCUAUCGUGUCCUAUCUCGUCGUCCUUGUUCCUUGUUCGUAUCGCUGUCAACAAAUGUCCUAUCUCUCCAUGUUAUAUCCUCACAGCCAUAUUUAGCGUAAACCUUUUUUGAUGCUCUCCCACAUUUUCCCUGUCCUCCUUUUCUCCCUUUCAGGCCGCGAUCGCUGUCUUGAUCGUCCUUUCGGAUUCUGGUGUGCUACCCUGUCUAUUUACCCCUAACUAUAUACUCGCGACCAUAGUAAUACUCAUACACUCCCCUCGGGCUGCUACUUUUUUGGACUACUUAUGACGUUUUGUUCCCCUCUCAUUCGUAUUUCUCUUCCUGCGUUGAGCUCAUCCUGUCGCCGUCGUUCUUCCUAGCGUCAUUUGUUCUCGCUUCGUAUCCGUUCUGUCCGAUCCUUAUUCGUUGACUGACUGAUUGUCUACUUACUAUCUCUCUCGCUCGGCGUACUCUAGUUU